UUCAAAUAGGUAUAAGAUAUUUAGUAUAUCAAAAGUUAUUAAAAUAAACCUUUUCGAUAAAAAGUUUUUAUACUUCCUAUUUCCGCAAUUAUACACACUCACCUUACACAGUUGUAUUUUGUUCGUGUUUUAGUGCGUAUAUAACACAAAUAUGGAGUGUAUAAUUACAAAAAUAAAUAAAAAAAAAUAAUUUACAAAAAAUGUUUAUACUAUGAACAAUAAAAAGUAAAAUUAGGAAUCCGGUGGGUGAGUGUUCAUAAAGACUUGUGCAAUGGAACAGUGACAACUGACGAAGAAAUAACUACUGUUUUUAAAUUUGGAGGUGAUAUAGAUUUUAUUGACGCAGAGAGAGCUAAAUGUAUAAUGAAAAACAGCAAAAAAAAAUUAUGAUUUACCGUCUCAAGUUUAUGAACGAAAUGUGGUUAAUUUAUCAGACAAAAGCAAACAAUUAAUUGGAAAUGAAAAUUCAAUAAAAAGGUGUUUACGGCGUAUUCGCAGCAAUAUAUAUCCAAAAAUUUCAAAAAUAGAUAAAAUUUCACUAGAAGGAAUACGUUGGAGUAUGACUGGUAAAGAAAAUUUAGAGUCGUUUUUAUUUUAUGACAAUAAAAAUAGUGAAAACCGUAUUAUAAUUUUCGCUUCACAAAAGUGCAUUGACGUAUUAAAACGUAACAAAAUUAUAAUAUGGAUGGAACAUUUUCUACUUGUCCCUCCGAAUUUUAUCAAGUUUAUAUAUUACACGCAAGUGUAAACAAUAUUAUUAUCCCUGUGGUGUACUUUACGCUUUAGCGUAAAAAUAAAGAAACUUACAUUGAAUUACUGACUGCUCUAAAAGAUGAAUUUGAAUCACUUUCAAUAAAAUCAAUCGAUUUCGAAUAUUCUGUAGUACUAGCAAUUAAGCAAGUAUUUAUUAAUGAAGUAUCAGUGCAAUUGUGUUUUUACCAUUUAAACUAAUCUAUCUGGCGAAGAGUUCAAGAGUUGGGAUUAGCCGUUAGAUAUAAAUAAGACAAAAAAUUUAAAGAGGCUGUAAAAAUGAUUCCUGCCUUUGCAUUUCUUCCUGCAAACAUUGUAAAAAAAGGAAUGUCACUACCAUCUAAUUAUUUUAAAUCAUUGAAAGAAUUAGACGAUAUUUUGGUGUAUUUUGAUUCAAUUUACGUCAACGGGACGUACAAAUCUAAAACAACAGAGUACGGUACAAUUCGCUUUUUACGACAUCCACCAAUAUUUUCACCGCACAUGUGGAACGUUUACAACGCUACAAAAGAAAGCUAUGGUCGGACCAACAACGUGUCAGAAGGGUUCAACAGUAAAUUAAAAAACAUUGUAAGAAUUAAACAACCUAACUUAUAUAUAUUUAUUGAAUCGAUACAGAUGUGCAAUGCGUCUGCAAUGACUGCAUUGGUACAAAAACAAAAUUAA